AUGGCACCUCAACAUAAAAAAGCAAAAUUGGAUCACAUUCCAACCACAGAAAAGCAUGAAAUAGGCAACGAUACAGUAGCAGAGGAAGAGGAUGCUGAGCCUGCUUGGAUCCGUUUAGAAGAUCUCGAGGAAGACGAUAUCGAUGAUGAAUAUGGCGACAUGGUAGUUCAGCAAAAGCUGCUGGUGAAUAACGAGGAUGCUUUGGAACGUAUUACAGAAGACAUUAAAUUGAAUGACAUGCCAUGGAUCGAGACAUUGACAGUGACAUCAAAAGAGCCUAUUCAAGUAGCCGAUGUGUUUGACGAUCUGUUGCGCGAGGAAGCAUUCUACAAGCAAGCACUCGAAGCAGCACUCGUAGGAAGAAAAUUAGCCGAGGAAGCAGGCGCUGCCUUCUUUCGACCUGAUAACUUUAUUGCGCCCAUGUUGAAGGACGACAAACAAAUGGAAGCUGUGCGUCAACGAUUGAUUGCCGAGGCCAAGGAUGGAGAUGAAGAUGCAUUGCGUAGAUUACACAUUUUUAACAAGGAGCAGAAAAAGGCCAAGAUAAACGAGAGAGCCAAACUGUUGCAAAGAAAGAGAAAGGAUGGAGCUGAAGUUACCCUGGAUGAUGAAUUCAAUGUGGAUUUAGACGAAGCCGAGAGAUUAGCGGCUGCUACGAAUACUGGAAAAUCAAAGGAUGAUAGACCUGCAAAGAACUACGAUAGAGAUUCCAAGGAUGCGAAAUAUUCCUUGGGCAAGAGAAAGAAAGGAGUACAGAGCAAUGCAAAUCCUGCAAAGAAGGGUAUGUCGCUCAAUAAGAAGAGUAGUCUCAAGCGACCAGGCAAAGCAAAGCGCCAAAUGAUGAGAGGAAGAUCUUGA